AUGGUAUUCCGCAACCAAACGAUCUCGCUCGAUGAGCUUAAGAAGGCCGUCGCACAGUCUUACCCUGGCAUUGAGCAACGUUUGAAGUCGACUUUCAUCCAACAUGACAUUGUCGGUGAUGAUGAGCUUCCUUACGAUGUUGUUGAAUCAUUGUUGAGGCAUUUCUUCUUGGAAUGUGGUCUCGAUGAGUGCAUGAGGAAGGUAACCAACGCUGAAGGUCGUCUUCCUCACUCUCGUAUUGCUUCAUACUUGGUUGGUACUACUUUGGAGGACUUGAGCGAUGCCAACCACGAUCAUAUGAUCAAGAGCGAAGAGAUGGUCACCUUGGCUGUCGUGUGGUUUAAGGUUUUGAGUGAUGUCUUCUACCGCGGAGAGUAUGUAAAGCCAUUGAUGUGCGGAGGUGGUUUCUGCUACGGUGGUUCCACCCCUUCUCAUGAGACUGAGGUCGCUCAAGAAGUUGGAACACCUACUUUCACCAACGAGGUAGCUACCCCUGUUGUAGAAGUAAACCCUGACGUGGUCAUUGACGAGCCUCAAUACACUGAAUACGUCAACACUGAGAUGGACACCGUGCAGCUCGCCCAGAAGAACGUUAACCACUACAUCCAGACUUUGGUGAACGAGGCUGCUGCUAACAGGCGAAAAGGUGUUAAGUGCUUUGUCUACUCCUCAGAGAUGACCGCUAAUGGUGCCUGCAUUAGUGCUGGUGCUGCUGUACCUCAACGCAAGGAACGUGCUCAAAGUCGCAGAAGGGCCACUACUGGCUGCUGUUAG